AUGGGUUUUAUCUUGGUGCUUUCCUCCAUUUUUCUCCUUCUUCUUCUUCUCUGGUGCAGCAGUUGCAUCAGCUUGGGAGAUUCACAAUCAGGAGGAUCAACAAAUGGAACAGAUCGACUAGCCUUGUUGGCCAUCAAGGCUAGCAUAACCAAUGAUCCCUUUCAUUUUGUGAGCUCCUGGAAUGACUCCAUCUCCCAUUGUGAGUGGCCAGGUGUUAUAUGUGGUGGUCACCGGCAUCCAAAUAGGGUUAGAGCCUUGCGUUUAUCGUCCAGUGGAUUGGCGGGGUUCUUGGCUCCAGAAAUAGGAAACCUCAGUUUCCUUCAGGAGAUUUCGCUCGAAAACAAUAGCUUCCACGGUGAAAUCCCUCGUAAAGCAAGCUUUCUAUUCAGGCUUCGUUAUUUAUACCUGCACAACAAUUCAUUUCAAGGAGAAAUCCCAUCCAACAUGUCACGUUGCUCCAACCUCAUAAAACUCAAUUUUGGUUUCAACAAUAUUGUGGGGAAAAUUCCUGUAGAACUUGGCAGCUUGUCCAAGCUUCAAGUCUUGUCAUUCCAUUACAACAAAGUAACAGGUCAGAUCCCACCUUCCUUAGUAAAUCUUUCAUCUCUUGUUGUCAUUUCGGCUGGAUCCAACGAUUUAAGUGGAAGUAUUCCAGAUGCCCUUGGUCAAAUAAGAAGAUUAAUGUUUCUCGUGCUUGGUGAAAAUAAGUUGUCUGGUAUCAUCCCUCCCAGUAAAUAUAAUCUUUCCUCACUCACUGUUUUUGAAGUCGGAGAUAAUCAACUUCAAGGGAGUCUUCCACCAAAUUUAGGCUUCAAUUUUCCUAAUUUAUUGUUGUUUUCAGUUCAAUGGAACCAGUUUCAUGGACCAAUUCCAAAUUCUCUGUCCAAUUUGACGAAACUCCAGAGACUUUUGGCUAGCAAUAACAAUUUUACUGGGAAAGUUGAUAUUCAUUUUGGUGGCCUAUCGAAACUCAAUGUGCUUUAUUUGUUCUCAAAUCAUUUGGGAAGUGGAGGGGCCGACGACCUAGAUUUUGUCGACACAUUGAUCAAUUGUAGUGGUUUAACAGCGUUGGGGCUUGGUGAUAAUUGGUUUGGUGGCAUGCUUCCCAACUCCAUCGCAAACUUUUCGACCCAACUGACAGAACUCAGUUUGUCAAAAAAUCAAAUAUCUGGAGAUAUCCCAGUGGGGAUAGGGAAUCUUGUAGGCUUACAACGCAUGGGCUUAUCUCGUAACUUACUAGAAGGAAGUAUUCCGACUUCAAUCGGAGGACUUCAAAUGCUAAAAACACUCUAUUUAUAUGGGAACAGAAUCACAGGGCCAAUCCCUUCUUCUCUUGGAAACUUGACGCUAAUGAUUGUGCUCUAUUUAUAUGAUAAUCGUUUGCAAGGAAAAAUACCUUCAACUCUUGGAAAAUGCAAAUAUUUGUUAGGCUUGGACCUUUCAGGUAAUAGUUUCAAUGGUAUCAUCCCCAAAGAGAUAUUUGACAUUUCCACUUUAAUAGAGCUAAACUUGAGUAGAAAUUCUUUCUUUGGCACUUUACCUUUGGAAGUGGGUCAAGUGACAAAUCAUGAAAUCCUAGAUGUUUCUAAGAACAUAUUGUCGGGAGAAAUCCCUACUGCCAUUGGUACUUGUACAAGCCUAGAGCACCUUUUUAUGGAGGGUAACUUAUUUCAAGGGUCUAUACCUUCGUCUAUGAGUUCUCUAAGAGGUCUUCAAGAUCUAGAUCUUUCACACAACUUCUCUGGUUUUAUCCCAAACUAUUUGGAAACAUUUAAGUUUUUACAAAACUUAAAUUUAUCAUUUAAUCAUUUGAAGGGUGACGUACCAACAGUUGGAGUUUUUAGAAAUUUGAGUGCAAUUUCAAUCAUUGGAAACAAUAAGCUUUGUGGAGGUAUACCAGAACUUCAUUUGCCAACAUGCAAAACUCAAAAAUCAAAAGAAGAUGGGAGGCCUCAUGUUUUCAAGAUAAUUGCCAUCCUAUGUGGUUGUGGGGGCUCUCUAUGUUUGAUUUUUGGGACACUUUUUUUCAUUAUCUACCGGAGAAGAAAGGAAAAGAAAGAAUCCACUUUCUUUUUGAUAGAGAGUCAUCAUCUUAAGAUCUCUUAUGCCCAACUCCUUAAAGCUACUGAUGGAUUUUCUUCUGAAAAUUUGAUUGCCGUGGGGGGUUUCAGUUCUGUGUACAAAGGAAUACUCAAUAACGGUGAUACUACUGUUGCAGUAAAGGUCCUUAACAUUAAACAAAGAGGUGCGUCCAAGAGUUUCAUGGCUGAAUGUGAAUCCCUUAGAAACAUCCGGCACCGUAAUCUUGUAAGAAUCUUAACAUCUUGCUCAAGUAUAGAUUUUGAAGGCAAUGAUUUUAAAGCUUUAGUAUAUGAGUUCAUGCCUGGUGGGAAUGUGGAGAGAUGGUUACAUCCACAUGCAAAUGUCACACAAGAUGAACAAAGACAUUUAAAUCUUGUCCAAAGAUUGAAUAUUGCCAUUGAUAUUGCCACAGCAUUGGAUUAUCUUCACCACCAUUGUCAUACGCCGAUUAUUCACUGUGAUCUAAAGCCAAGCAAUAUUCUUCUCGAUGGUGAUUUGACUGCACAUUUGGGUGAUUUUGGGAUAUCAAGAAUUCUUUCAAAAAUCACAAGUAGAUCUCAAUAUCACACGAGCUCGAUCGGAAUAAAGGGAUCUAUCGGUUACAUUGCACCAGAGUAUGGUGCAGGUGCUGAUGUUUCAAUGCAAGGUGAUGUAUAUAGUUAUGGGAUUCUCUUGUUAGAAAUGUUCACAGGGAAGCGACCAACUCAUGAAAUGUUCAAAGAGAACUUUAAUCUUUGUUGCUGGACUGAGAUGGCUAUGUGUGUUGGAGUGAUGGCUGUUGUCGACCCAUCACUUGUCCCUAUGGAAGAAUAUGAAGAAGAGGCAGCAUCAAUUGUAACCAACAUCACUGAAAUUAAAAGAUGCAUGAAGGAUAGAUUGCUAGAGUGUCUUAAUUCAGUUAUUAGAAUUGGAGUUGCUUGCUCAGCCAAAUCACCACGGGAUCGAAUGGACAUAAAUGAUGUGGUCAAAGAGCUACAUCUGAUUAGGGACAUUUAUCUUGGAUUUUUCUCUGGGAGUAGGAUCUUUGUAGCUACAUGGAAUGUGGGUGGAAAAUCACCACCUAGUUACUUGAAUCUUGAAGAUUGGCUCCACACUUCACUUCCUGCAGACAUUUAUGUUAUUGGGUAUGUCCUGUUGAUGUUCACAAUUUUCAUCUCUUCUGUAGCCAUGCUACUGCAACAAGAUUAA